AUGACCGACAACAAGCCUCACCUUGUGCAUCGUCCCGGCGAUAAGCUGAGGGGUAUCAGGCACAUCUACAAGUACAAUCUCUUCAAGGGAGAAGGCACUGGGCUAUUUGUCGCGGCUGAUGCCGUUGAUCCGGCCAUGCACACCCGUAGUCAUGCUGGCCCGGCGUACCUUCUUAAGGCCGUACAGCAAAGAGCAAAUGCGCGUCGUGACAGGGAUACAUGUGAAUUAGUUUUCGCGCCGCGAAAGAAGUUAUCUUGCUGCAGGCGCAGUCCAGACACCACACCGCAGCUCCUCGAGCUUUCCGAGAUGGAGAACAUCUCCUUGCUUCGUGCCCUCGAUAUCGCUCCUGUGAUUGACAACCCCGGAGUCGACGAGAACCUCCAAGACCACGGCAUCGUCAGCUUUGGGUACAAGGUGGCAGAAAGUGUGUCCUGCCAGACAGCGCGAGAUCCUCAAGUUGCAGCCGCCGCCAUGGCCGCCUAUCAUCAGGACGGCUCCGGCCCGCUGGGUAUGAUCCCUCACGUCUCCGUCAAUAUGCCGAUCCUGGACGAGCCCGGACCCGGACUCGGGUCCAAGCAAGCCCAUGCCCUGCAACAACUUCUCGGCUUCUCAGCAAGUCUGACGACACUGUGUUACGCGCUGUCGCGGGGGUCGGUGCAUAUCCGAUCCUCUAAGCCCCAGAAUCAGCCGGCCCUCGACCAUGGGAUCCUCCGCCAACCCGUCGAUGUGGAGCUGCAUGCCCGCCACGCGAUGUGGAUGGAGAAGCUCGUCGCGACGCCCUCGAUGGCUGCGGUGCUCAAGGGUGUUCGGAUACGCAGUCCCCAGUCACUUACCGAUCCAGAGCAGGCUAAGGGAUUGACCAAGGAGUUGCUGCUUUCCACCUUCCAUCUGGCUGGAACGUGCGCGAUGAUGUCCCGUGAGGACGGGGGCGUGGCGGAUCCGCAUCUCGUCUACGGCACCCGCAAUGUUCGUGUUGUCGAUGCUAGCGACUUCUCUUCCUUUGGUGCCUCGAGGAGUAUCCAGGCGACUGGUUUGGUUGUAGCUGAGAAGGCGAUGAAUAUUAUUAAGGAGAAUCUACAUGUAGCAACUAUUUCGGAUGGGUUGUUGAUUUUCUGUGUCGAACUGCUUCAUAACUCUCGCAAUUAG